AUGUCGUUUAGUUACUAUCUCUCGAUUUUAUUCGUUUUACUAUUGGUCAGUGAGAAAAGUUAUUCGAAAGCGAUUCUACCGUCGAAUCAACUAAAUUCAAAGAGCAAAUGGACGCAAAAUGGUGUGACAAUUGCAGGUGGAAAUCAAUUCGGAAAUGCAUUGAAUCAAUUGUAUGAUCCAACGGGAAUUUCCAUUGACGAUGAUAAUCAAACAAUAUACAUUGCAGACUCCGGAAAUGAUCGAGUUCUUCAGUGGAAAGUAGGUGAGAAACAAGGUCGAAUAAUCGCAGGUGGAAACGGACGAGGCAACGGCAUAAAUCAGCUCGAUUGGCCAACUGAUGUUAUUGUUGAGAAGGAAACAAAUUCGAUUCUUAUUUGUGAUUUAAACAAUCGACGUGUUGUCCGCUGGUCACUCGAAAAUCAAGCAUAUGGACAAAUAGUUAUACCUGAUGUCGAUUGCGGUGGUUUGAAAAUGGACAGCCAAGGAAAUCUUUAUGUUUCGGAUUAUGUUAAUAAUGAAAUAAGAAAAUGGUCGAAUGAGUUUGCUAAAGGAAUUAUUGUUGCUGGUGGCAAUGGAAAAGGAAAUCAACUGAAUCAAUUGAACUAUCCGAUUUAUUUCUUUGUUGAUAAAGAUGAAUCAAUUUAUGUCUCCGAUCANAUAGUUAUACCUGAUGUCGAUUGCGGUGGUUUGAAAAUGGACAACCAAGGAAAUCUUUAUGUUUCGGAUUAUGUUAAUAAUGAAAUAAGAAAAUGGUCGAAUGAGUUUGCUAAAGGAAUUAUUGUUGCUGGUGGCAAUGGAAAAGGAAAUCAACUGAAUCAAUUGAACUAUCCGAUUUAUUUCUUUGUUGAUAAAGAUGAAUCAAUUUAUGUCUCCGAUCACUUAAAUCAUCGUGUGAUGAAAUGGAGCAAGGACGCCAAAGAAGGUAUUGUUGUCGCUGGUGGACAAGGGCAAGGAAAUCUUCUAACACAAUUGAAAGAUUCAGCGGGUGUUGUAGUCGACAAAUCGGAUAAUAUCUAUGUUGUUGAUGCCGGUAAUAAUCGAGUCGUCCGUUGGUCGAAAGACUCGAAAAAAGGUGAAAUUAUUGUUGGCGGUAAUGGAAAAGGUGAUGCAGGCAAUCAAUUCGAUUAUCCUACGAGUUUAGCACUCGAUCGACAGGGCAAUUUAUACGUUGCUGAUUUUCGCAAUCAUCGAAUUCAGAAAUUUCUCACUAACAAGAACUAG